CAUUUGCAAUAGUAGAUCUGCCCCAGUAAGUCUAUAAUUCUUAUCUGAAAGUAUAUGGGAUUGUACAUUUGUGGUAAAAAAUGUAGUUUUAUAUUGUGAAAUCUUCUGUUUGUUAAAGGUAAAAACUGUCUAAUGUAUGCUGUAUUCCAGGUCUGCACCAUUUCUUCACUAGGGAGCUGCUUUAGGAGAAGCACAUCUGGGAAAAAUAGGCUUUAUCACACACAUUAAGCACUGGAGACAAAGACAAUACAGUGGCCACUACGGAAUAUCAGACCUUUCAGAUGGAGCAUCUGUGUAAGAAUACAUAGGUCUAAUCCUUGGCGUGUAGUAUGUGCCAGAAAUAUUUUUAAGAGCCGAGGCAAGUGCUCUCUAUCACCCAAAGAGCAAGAAAAAGUGCAAACGUGUUACACUAAAAAAAAGUGUACAAAGGAUGUGGUCUAUCCAGGUUUGAUGCCCCUUUUCGCCGAAGCUAUUAAGGGGCCGAAAAUGCUUCUGGCUUCAACCGAGGCAUUACCCAAGGUAUCAGCCGAGGAGCCGUAUACUGGUGGCAUCUUGACCAAGAUACAGGCAUCAGAUUUAACUCAGAGACUGAGAAACCGCAGAUACCCUAAGGGUAUUGUCUCUAAAGCAUUUCAAAGGGCUAAAAGGAGUGACAGAUUCGAACUUCUAAUACCAAAGAUGAGACCACAAGAGGAUGUGCUGCGUUUUGUCUCCACCUAUCACAAUCAGUGGGGAAAAAUGAGGUAUCUACUACAACAAAACUGGAGGAUUCUACAAGCAGAUGAUCGCAUUAAAAGGGUAAUACCAGCCAAACCGGUAUUGGUAUCCAAAAAGGCACCAAAUUUAAAGGAUGUUGUAACAAAGAGUCAUUUCCAGAGGCCUCCAGUUAAACGGACAACUGGUGUCCGACUACGUGGUUCCUUUCCCUGUGGGGAUUGUAAUAUAUGCAGAUUCAUGAAACCCACAUAUAUGUUUAAAAAUCCGAGAGAUGGUAAGGAAUAUCGGCUGGACACUUAUAUUAAUUGUAAAGGCACGAACGUUAUUUAUGGCUUAAUUUGUCCCUGCUCCUUUAUAUAUAUUGGCCAAACUGGACAACAACUCCGCAAGAGAGUCCAAAAACAUCUCUCCAACAUAACAUUGGCGGACCGAGACUCCAAAUUAUAUUGCAAAAUCACAUCUGUGGCCACACAUUUCCUGAAAUAUCAUAGAAGACAGGCCCAUGGAAUUACUGUAAUCGGAUUGGAACAAGUAAAAGGCGACAUCAGGGGGGGCUCUCUCACCAAACUGCUUCUUAAAAAAGAAUCCAAAUGGAUUUAUAACCUGCAGUCCGUAACUCCAACUGGAUUGAAUGAGGAACUUCUCUUCUCUGGAUUUUUAGGUUCUGAGUGUGAUAUUGAGGUACCUUAUCCUGGUCAGUAUUGGGAGCCACAAACAGAGGUGGAUUGGGACUGCCUACAGCCAAUGAGAAGUUGGGAUGAGAUUCUUUUGUGAUUAAUAUAUAAUGGAUUUUUCAAACAAUCUUCUUGGAUUGAAAGGUGACUUGGAGGAUAAACAGACCCUUGAGGGGAGAGUGAUAGAGUGAAAUCAAUUUCCUGAGCCACUAUGAUGGAGCUUUGCAAGGCUAUAAAGAACUCUCGCAGUAAACCGAUAUUGCAGAAGGUCGCCUGGAACAUCCAGGAUUUGUGCAUAAGUCAUUUGACAAUCAAUGGGCAGAGGAUCUCUAUGGGACUUUUCUUCCCCCGCAUGGACUGUACAUAGUAUGGUUAUAUAUGAUUUUCAGUCUAUUAAAACAAAAAAUAAAAUUUCCCCCUUUUAUUCUGGGGUAUUUUUUACAUAUGUAUAUAUUUUUGUACAUAUAGUUUAUUAAUACUAUUUUUGUAACUUGCAGAGGUGACAACGGGUUGACCACAUCGGGUUGAUAUAUGAAUCCACAGGGAGAUGGGUCAGUUAGCAAUGCAUAGAUACCGGUAUUAGGUAGGGGGUUCUGGUUAUGGUGGAACUGUGAUAAAUGGCUUAUUGACUGAAGAACAAUGGAAUAAUUGGUAUGUGAUACGUUUUAUUUGAUAUGAAUGAUACAAUAAGGUGGUUUUAGGUUUUGCGGCUAUUAUUAUUACUUUUACAUACACUAUAUGACAUGAUGCUAUAGCUUGAUAUAAUGAGGUGACUAUACAUGAUUGGUAUUAUGAGGUUCUUUGAUUAUCUUUGUAUACAUUAUAUUACACGAUGUUAUAAUUAUUGGUAUUUUAUUUAUUUAUAUGGAGUGGUAUGGUAUGCCUUAUCAUUAUUAUUAAUUUGAUUAUGUUUUUUUCAAGUAGGACACUAUUUUGAGUGAUGUUAUUUUUUGAAACAGGAUAAAGUAGUUUAGAUUCGAUGAUUUUUUAUUAUGAUUUACAGAUCAUGUACAUUGGGAUACACUAAUCAUGUUACCUAAUUGAUUAAGUUAUAUUAGUAUCACGACCAUUAGGAUAUUUUUGAAUAGAAAUUUAGCAAUAUAUAAAUACAUUUUACUUUAGGGAUUAUGUUUAUUACUAAUCAUGUAUAGUUUGGUCAUAUCAUCUGGGUCUCAUUAUAUUAAGCAUGUAUGUUGGGACAUACUCGAUAUUAUUUUAUUAGGCUAUGAGUAAGGUUAUUUCAAUGUAUUAUGGUUUAAUAAUCAUGUAUACUGGGUUAUAUGAAUCACCUUUUGCCAAUUAUACCCGUGGGUUCAUUGUUAUAGUUUGGCUCACUAAUUUUGUACAUUAAUUAUGCAUACUAUGACAUGUUAAUUGGGUCAUUUAAUUAUUAUGGUUAUUAUUAUAACACCAUAUAAGUAUUUUCAACUGUAUAACCAUUGCCCCUAUGCCAUACUACCGGUUUAUGCAUAGUGUUCUUCUGUAAUUUUUGCCCUCUUUUAUGAUGGAGAAUAUGGGAGGUUCCAUGGGUCAUGUGGCCGCGGGCCGUGUGACCCAGAGGCGUGGUUAUCCUUGGAUACUCACUAUUGUUCAUUGAUUGCGCUGCCGUGUCGGCCUCGGCAGGCAUGUCAGCGUGGUUUCCUUGGUGACCGCGCCUCUGUUGUUAUCACGUGACCGCUCGUCAUGCGGUCACAUCACCCUAAGACGUCAUCACAUCGGCUGACGCGGACGGAGGUGGCUGUCUUUUUGGGAAUAAUCCUAUCUAUUAUAUUAUGACGCUAUCUUGGCGGCGUCUGAGGAUGCCGAUUAAUGCAUGGACGCCAUUGUGUUGGAGAUUUUGGACACUCUAUGGGUAUUAUCAACGAUGUCACAUGAUGUGGUUAUGCCCCUAUGUGUCAGCUGACACAAGAUGGCGGCCACGGCGUGGUCUCCGUUGUCACACCUGCAAGGUAUUUCCUGUAUUUUUUGUGAUUUACUUUUUGUAUAUAAGACACAGUGUCAGUUCACGUCUCCACACUCCUGAGGAAGUCACUCAGUGACAUUUGCUCCCACUUCAUGCAGGCCUUGCCUCCUAUCUGACCUCACUUAUUCAUUUCUUGCUGGCAUCUUUAGCUUAUUCAAAUAUUUUUUCAUAUUUAUUGUUUGCUUGCCACUUUAUUUCCAGAUAUACCGCAUGUCAUUGUCUGAUAUCUACUGUGAUACCUCUAUAUAUAGGUUCAUUUUGCACAUGACACUUUACAGUUAGUUUGUGUGAUCUAGGUCAGACGGGGGCAUAGUGCACUGUAAUUAUUCUUAUUUUGGUAGAUGAGCCACAUCUUUUCAGCCCUAGUCCAGAUGAGACACAUACCAUGUCUCAUCUGUGUGGUGUGGCCCGUUAUGGGCCUUUUUAAGUGGUUUUAAUUCAUUUUUCUGUAUCUGUUAUUAUUGUUUUUUCUGCUAUG